AUGUCGAGCACCGAAAUCACUAAAGACAUUAUAUCGUUUACUGCUCAACGAGUUAUUUUGACGUCGAGCAAGCCUUUCAAAGACGUUGUCGCAGCCCUUGAUCAAGAGUUGAAUAAAGCUGGCGCAGGCAUGGAGAUCGUAAAACUAUUGCAUGGGGCGAAGAGCAGACAAGAUCUCGAAGAGGGUGUACAAAAUAUGUCCGAGGGCACACGAGACUUUGUCUAUUUUUCCUCGGGAGCACAUUCCAAGUGGUUGUCGGCUUAUUUCGACGACACACGUAGCUUUCCAGAGACCCACUAUUACAUUCUUGGCAAUCCAUUGAUUGCACAAACCAUUCUGAAACACGACAUCAUUGCGGGGUUGCACAUCCCUCCCAAGAUUCUAGUCCAAGAGAUGGAAGGAGGCGCUGGUUCACGUAUCAUCUACGAGUUGCCAAGUUCUGUGAUGGCUGUCGGGGGUAGCGAGGUGCUGAAGAAAGCUGCUGAAGUUCUGGAUGUGAAGUUAGAGAACAUGGCGAGGAAAGUGCUGUCUCAGACACGAUUGUAA